CCUCCAUUUCAUUUAUCUCCUGUUUCCUCCAUUUUUAAAUAGAUGAUUGAUAUUAUCCAACGGUUAGCAAAAAAAAGCCAAAAAUUUCUCUUAUUUUGUCAUCUCUCUACCUCUCUCCUCUUCACUGUCUCUUGAGCCAAAUUGAAGAAAUUUUUAGCACAACAAACAGAUUUUAAGAACUCCAAAACAAAUAGAUUUAAGACUACUUGGCCAAACAACUUCACCUCUUGAACCACAAAACAAACCCUUUUGCUUCAAAUCCAGCUAAUGUGCUAUAUCGCCUCUUCAAUCCCUUCCUUCACCGAUCUGAAAUCUCCAUGAAUCACAGGUCGGUGGUUCACGGCAGCGCACCGGCGGUCGUAAUUUGUGCUAUCUGGUUGUGGUGGCAAGUAGUUUGGGAUUAGACCCUGGAAAACAGGAUUAAAUCGACGUAAUUAUGGUGGAAUGGAAAUGCUGAGUCAAUUUGACCAAACAGACUCGAUUUGCUGAAAUGCACAAUUCUGGUUUGGAAGUUUGAAGAAGUUGAAGCAGAACAGUCAUUUCAUUAAUUUACCAUGCGUUGCAUAUAUGUCCAUAAUAUGUUCAUUUUGCUCUACCUUCUUAGUAUUAUUGUUAAUGGCCCAACUUCCGGUUACAGUCAUAUGGUUGACAGCAAGGUUUUAAAUGUCGGGGAGGAGCUGUGGAAAGAAACUCUACCACUACAAACGGGUUUGCGCCUUUACCAACUUCAAGGACUCAAACCUUAUACGUGGUAUGAAGUGAAGAUAUCAUAUCCAGCUUCUAUACCAGCUACUUUUUCCAUACAACUGAAGAGAGACGAUUCAGACUUGACUCUGAAUCACAACAGAAGAUUACUCAAUACUGAAAAGCUUAUUUUCAAGACUGAAAGUCUUGACUCACUUAGCAAUCAGGGUCGUAUCUCUGUGUUGGUGACUGUAGAACCUGAGGGGAUUGUUGCCAUACCACAUGUCCAGGAGAGGCAGUCCAUCAUUUUUAAUAUAGUUUGUGAUGAACUAUUCUUGGGUAUCCCGCACAAAGCUUGGUGGGUUGUGGUCUUGGUGUUGCUUUGCCUUGGAUUGGCAUUCAUUAUUCCAUCUUUUCUUCCCUCAUAUCUGCUACAGAAGAGCCAAAGUCCACGUUCAGUUAAUCAUAAUGUUUCCAAGGUUUCUUGAAAAUUCGCUCAAGAAAAAUGUUAGGCUAGGAUUCUUGUCCUUGUUGUUUAGGCAAAAUUUUCUAUUAGCCCUGAUAGUGUGUAAUUGGAUACUAGUCUAGUACCCAAUGAGUUUUGUGAAAGCUACUUCAGGGAAUGAUGUCAAUUGUCAUAUUCAUCAGCCAAAUGUAGUUGGAUUGUCUGAGUCAUGCCUUGGCCCAUCCUUUUUACUUUUCCUGAGAGAAUGCUAGAGUAUAAAAUAUAUGGUGCUUAACAAUAUUAUGCAGUAAA